ACGUUAUUUCUUCCAUAAUCAACCCUGUUGAGAAGCUGGGAAGAGACACUCUCACCAUGGACUUCAAGAUGCCCCUCCUACUGCUUCUUGUGUGUGCAGGAAUGGCUGCUGCUGCUCCUCGGCAAGAAAGACAAGGCAAGGGUAUAAGUUCAACAUGGUCUACCUGGUCCAGCUCUACGUGGUCAACAUGGUCCAGUUCAACAUGGUCUACCUGGUCAAGUUCAACAUGGUCUACGUGGUCCAGUUCCACUCCCGAAGAAGAAUGCGAAUCCACUAAUUGGUCUCCGUGGUCCAGUUCAACAUGGUCUACAUGGUCCAGCUCUACGUGGUCUCCGUGGUCCAGUUCAACAUGGUCUACAUGGUCCAGCUCUACAUGGUCUCCGUGGUCCAGUUCAACAUGGUCUACAUGGUCCAGCUCUACGUGGUCUCCGUGGUCCAGUUCAACAUGGUCUACAUGGUCCAGCUCUACAUGGUCUCCGUGGUCCAGUUCAACAUGGUCUACAUGGUCCAGCUCUACGUGGUCUCCGUGGUCCAGUUCAACAUGGUCUACAUGGUCCAGCUCUACAUGGUCUCCGUGGUCCAGUUCAACAUGGUCUACAUGGUCCAGCUCUACGUGGUCUCCGUGGUCCAGUUCAACAUGGUCUACAUGGUCCAGCUCUACAUGGUCUCCGUGGUCCAGUUCAACAUGGUCUACAUGGUCCAGCUCUACGUGGUCUCCGUGGUCCAGUUCAACAUGGUCUACAUGGUCCAGCUCUACAUGGUCAACAUGGUCCAGCUCUACAUGGUCUACAUGGUCCAGCUCUACGUGGUCAACAUGGUCCAGUUCAACGUGGUCAACAUGGUCCAGCUCUACGUGGUCUCCGUGGUCUAGUUCAAUGUGGUCAACAUGGUCCAGCUCUACAUGGUCUCCGUGGUCCAGUUCAACGUGGUCUACGUGGUCCAGUUCUACUCCCGAAGAAGAAUGUGAAUCCACUAAUUGGUCUCCGUGGUCCAGUUCAACAUGGUCUACCUGGUCCAGCUCUACAUGGUCUCCGUGGUCUAGUUCAACGUGGUCUACAUGGUCCAGCUCUACAUGGUCUACCUGGUCCAGCUCUACGUGGUCUUCAUGGUCCAGGGGUCGGGGGUCGGGGUAGUCCAGUUCAACGUGGUCUGCAUGGUCCUGCUCUACGUGGUCUACAUGGUCCAGCUCUAGCCUGCCGUAAUAUUGCUGAAAUAUUACCAAAACCGAAGUUAGACAAAACUGAUUCACUUUAUAAUGUUAAUAAAUGUUUUGCUUACAUGAGUAAAGUGUCUAUUUCAGCAAAAA